AUGUCUAUGAAGGCUGUCGCUCUUCUUGGAAUCUGGUCUGGUGUUCAAGCUCGGAAGCAUACAACUCCUGUGGGGUCUACAGCGAGAUACAACUCUUCACAAUCAGCGGUGUGUGCAAUAUGGCUCUUUGCAAAUAUUUGGUUCGUGAACGUUUUGCGUGCUAAGAUGCCGGCUCUCCAAUUCCCAGUCAUCGUGUACAGCAUUUUUACGAACAUUGCUUUUACCUACGGCCCAUUAUUUCCCACCAUUGCUGCCGGAGAAGCUCUCGUUAAGCAACUGUUGGAGGGGUUUCUCACGGCUUUCGCGAUUUCAACCGGCGUCAGUCUCUUCAUCAUUCCGGUAAGCUCAAGGACAGUUGUAUUCAAGGAGCAAACUGGAUACAUUCAGUUAAUCCGAGCCACAAUGAGAGCCCAGACGGAAUAUCUGCAGAGUCUGGAAACAAGCGAUAUGUUCGCACCUGAAGAGCCUGCCGGGGACGACGGUGAGAAGUCCGAUGACGGCAAAAAGGGGAAGAAAAGCAAGAAAAGAGACGACAAGUCACACCCAGCAGCAAAUGCCCAAGCUGUGGCUUUAAAAGCAAACCUCGCAGCUCUCACUGGCCUACACGGAAAGUUACAUGGCGAUAUGAGCUUUGGGAAACGAGAAACUGCAUGGGGCAAGCUCGACGCUAAAGACAUUGACGAAAUUUUCACAUUGUUCAGGGCCAUAUUAGUUCCUUUAAUAGGAAUGAGUACUAUCACGGAUAUCUUCGAAAGGAUUGCUGAACGACGUGGUUGGGUCGAAGUUCCGAAUUCGAAAUUUGACAGAGUGGAAUCUUGGGAAGCUUGCGGGACAGAAGCGAAGGAAAAGGAGAAGAAAACCUGGAAUGAGAUCAUGAAGACAUUGCACGAGCCAUUCGAAGUGGUCACGGCAGCCAUGGAUGAAGGCAUUGAGCACGCAGGCCUGCUUCUCGAGCUCAUACCCAAGCCAAAGGAAAAGAAAGAAGAAGAUGUCGAGGAGAAAGCAGAUUGUUCAAAGCCGGGAGACAAAGAUUUCGCUAAGUACUUCGAUAAGAAGAUGUUGGACUUUUACAGCAAGCGAGGAGAGACCUUAAAGACCUGGGCGAGGCAAAAGGGAAUAUCCGAAAGUCAGUUCAAUGCUACCAAAAGCCCUGCCCGAGGAGAGGACUGGACUCCCGACGAAGCACAACAUCGCCGGGAUCAGCAACAGCUUUAUCUCAUCCUAUACCUUGAGCAUCUCCUGUACUCCACAGGCAUUGCAAUUUCGAAUCUCAUCAAAUUUGCAGAUCGGAAAGUCGAGGAAGGAACAAUGUCAAAGAAUCGUUUUAUCUUCCCUGGCAAGCGAAGAUUGAAGAAGUGGAUUAUGAAUAUUGGUCGUGAAGACACGACAAUCGAUACUGAAUCCCCCGACUCCGCGGAAGCUGGCACAAAUACUGUUUAUCUGGGCUCUGGAUUCAAUCCGAAGAAAGAUCCGGAACAUCUGCCGCCGCAGACAGCUUGGCAGCAUUUUGGGAAUGGGCUGAGGACUAUCCCUCACUUUUUAGGAUCAGCAGAGUCAGCCUUUGGAUUUCGAGUUGCCUGCGCGACAUUGACUAUAGGCAUCGUGGCUUUCUUGGAAGAUACACAAACCUUUUUCAUGGAACAGCGGCUAGUAUGGGCAAUGAUAAUUAUCGCCAUUGGCAUGUCCAUGACUUCCGGACAAUCGAUCUUCGGCUUCAUCGGCAGAGUCGUUGGCACCGCUUUCGCAAUGGUCUUCUCUAUCGUGAUCUGGUAUAUCGUGGAUCAGAAGGCCCCGGGCGCUAUCGUGAUGCUUUGGCUCUUCGUAUUUUUGGAAAUGUACUUCUUCAUCAAGUUCCAACGCUUCAUUGGCAUCUUUUUGGUAGCGAUUAUCACACAAAUCCUCAUCAUUGGCUAUGAGCUACAGGUCCGCAAGAUAGGUAUCGCCGCAGCGAGUUCAUCAGGUCAGCCUUACUAUCCAAUUUACGAACUUGCACCCUAUCGACUGGCCUGUGUUGCUGGUGGUUCCUUUGUGGCAUUUAUCUGGACCAUCUUCCCAUAUCCCCUCACCGACCGCAGCUGGCUCCGCAAAGACCUCGGCUCAACGCUCUAUCUUCUUGCCAAUUACUAUAGCAUUAUACACUCAACAGUUGGCGCCAGAAUGCACGACACCGAAGGUGAUCCCAGUUUGAAAUCAUCUCCCGGUCGGCGCCUUGAGAAAGCACGCCACAAUAUUUUCGGGAAACUGCUUCUCCUUCUGCCAUCCCUGAAACAGCAUGCCGAUUUCCAGAAAUUCGAACUGUCUAUCGGCGGUAAAUUUCCGCGCUCAACAUAUGAUGCGAUCAUCCUUCGUGCCACGGGAAUCAUGAACUACUUGACCCUAAUGUCCUACGCAACCAAUGCCUGGGUUAACGACGAUGGAGCUCUAUAUCUCAACACACGUUCCGAGAGACGUAGCGAGUGGCUAGAUGCCCUCAGCACACUCGUCGACAUCGUCAGACCAACGAGUCACGGUAUAACUUCUAUCCUCUCCCUCCUCUCUGCCUCUGUGACUCAAGGAUCUGCUCUGCCACCUUUUAUCCAACUUCCUGAACCCUACGACCUUAGUCGUCGUCUUGAAGCUUUAGAUAAAGGUAUCCUGGAUGCGAGACAUAUUGAAGAGCCAGGUUACUCGGCGUAUGCUGUGCUCCAGGUUUGCAGUAGCUUGGUCACGGAUGAUCUGGCGAGGUUGGUGGAUCAUGUUAAGGAUUUGGUGGGGGAGACGGACUUCUCGUUCAAGGUUUCGAUGUCUGAGAGCAAUAUGGAUAGUACGGCUUCUGAGACGAGUUCUGGGAAGGGGAAGAAGGAUUAG